AUGCGGAGCCUAGGUAACACUUCCUCCGCAAGCUUCCAAAGUGGCUUUGAUAGCGGGUCGCUUGGUGGCUUUGAUGCCAUUGAAUCUGUUAUCGAUGCGGAAAUUGACGAUGCCCCACUUGAAUCUUCCCUGUCUUCCCAAAGCCCUUCCGAGCGUCUUGAAUCAGGUUCGAUUGAGACUUUGAAUCCGACCAAUACCCAACCACUGCCCAUUGAAGACCCUAUCGAGGCUUACGACUCACUUGUCUCGCGCAUGGCAACCGAUGGUGUGGAGUGGAUACCUCCAAAGCAGAUAGCUAAAGGAUUUCCUGAUGGACUUUCACUUCAUGACAAUCCAGCACAGUGGCAAGAUGUCAAUGGACCUGACGACGUUACUACACCAACAAAAGUUCAAGAAGAAGUCACUCUUAGUGACGCCCGUCAGACUCCUCAUCCGGCAGAGUCGUCUGAACUCUCCAAUAGGACGGCUUUCGUUCAGCACCCAAGCACGGAUGCCAAUGAUGUGGGUGUCUCGGAGAAUGUGUCCAAACUGCGGGAGCUCCAGUUCCAACUGAAUCAAGUACGGUUUUCUAGGCGAGCAACAGAUUUUAUGUCAGUUGUUAUUGUUGCAUCUAUGGAUGAUCAUAUUUUUGUAGGGUGA